CGGAAGAGGGCGCUGAGGACCAAGGAACUGGGAGAUGGAGGCACCCCUGGUGUUGCUGGUGAUGGGCGUGAGCGGCUGCGGGAAAUCUACCGUGGGUGCACUGCUGGCCUCUAAGCUGGGAUGGAAAUUCUAUGAUGCCGAUGAUUACCACUCUGAAGAGAAUCGGAUGAAGAUGGGAAAAGGGGUACCUCUGAGCGACCAGGACAGGAUCCCAUGGCUCUGCAGCUUGCAUGACAUUUUACUAAGAGAUGUGGCCUCAGGACAGCAUGUUGUUCUAGCCUGUUCAGCACUGAAGAAAAUGUACAGAGACAUCUUGAUACAUGGAAGAAAUGAUGUGCCUUUGGAAAGUGAUGAGUCAGCAAAGGAAAAGCUGGCUGGCAAACAGCUCUUGGUGGUCUACCUCUGUGGGUCGUUUGAGAUCAUUUCCAGACGCUUGUUCCAACGAAAAGGACAUUUUAUGCCUCCUGAGUUACUGCAGUCUCAGUUCAGUAUUCUGGAGCCCCCAUCAGCUCCUGAAAACUUCAUCCAAGUCAACGUGGACCAAAGUCUCUCAGAGAUCGCUGAUGCCAUUAUGGAGGAGCUGCAAAUGAAGUAAUCACUUCACACCUGUGGUUUACAGCGCACUCUGGUUCCAAGCUCCUCACCAGUGUGUAUUCUAAAUGCCGAAUUGAGAACAAACCACAGUGCGUGGAGAUCGUUGUCUGACUGUAUUACAGGAGUCUGUGGUAUGCUUGGCAUCCUGCAGGUGUGCCAGGAGGGGAGGAUAUCAAAAGCUAAAGCUGAAACUUAAGUUUCAAUUCAUGUAUAAUGCAACCAGAUUGUCAGUGGAAAUUCUGUAAUCAAUGCUAGAAAUUACUACCAUUCAAAAGAACAAUGCUCAUGCUUGUGUUUGUACAAAUGAAUGAAAUAUGUUGUCCUGGAAAUCCGCUGGAAAUUGGUCUCAGCAAUAGAAACCAAAAAAAACCAGCCACCCACUGCAAGUCAUUUCACACCACACUGCCUUUCGUUUUUUGAAACAUGGUUUCUCUGUGGAACAGCUCUGGCUGUCCUGGAACUCACUCUGUAGACCAUCCUCAAGCUCAGAGAGAGCCGCCUGCCUCUGCCUCCCAAGUGCUGGGAUUAAAGGUGUGGGCCACCACUGCCCAGCUGCAGUGACUGUUUUUAAAUAUUUAGGUUAGCAUACAAAAUCUAGGCUUCAUUUUCUUUUGUUAUUACUGUUUAUAUCUUUCUUUAUUCUUGUGACUAUUUUUUAUUAAGAAUAUUUUUAUCCAUUUUACAUACGAACCACAGAUCCCCCUCUCAUCUCUCUUCCUACUCCCCGCCAGCCUUUCCCCUCAACCCAGCCCCGAUUACCUUCUCCGAAAAGGUAAGGCCUCCCAUGUGGAGUCAGCAAAGCCUGGUACAUUCAUUUGAGGCAGGUAUUAUGACUAUCAUUUUUUGGGGGGCGGUGGGGGUGGGGGGAGACAGAGACUCACUAUGUAGCCCUGGUUGGCCUUAAACUCACAGAGAUCCACCUGCUUCUGCCACCCCAGUGCUGGGAUUAAAGGUGUGCAUUGCCAUAACUGGCUUCGUCUUCACACAUACUUUGUUAUUAUACUUUGUUCUAAUUCAUUCCCCUCCCCUGUGUUGCCUGCUCCUCUCUGGCUGGUUCCCUUCCUUUCCCCAGGUGACCACCUUCCUGCAUUUAUGGUUUCUUAUCCUUUCUCAACAUCUCUUCCUGCGUGUUUGAGCGUGGACAUAAUAUAUAUAUAUAAAACUUGAAGUCCUGCUUGGGAGAAAAUAUGGGCCUUUUUACAACCACGUAAAACUCCAUUGUGUACAUACACCACAUUUUAACUUUU